ACUAGUUGAAUAUUUACAGUUUAGUUUAGUUUAGUUUAGUUUUGUUUUGUUUUGGUUAAAACAGGAAGUUGUACUAUUUUGACAUCGAAAUGCAAUCAUUUCAUGGGUUGAUUUUUUUUACCUUCGUCCCUACCAUUUUAAUGCAUUCAAUGCAUAUGCAUCAAUGCUACUACGAAGCAUGUAAUGCAGAUCCUGAUUGCCUUCAAUAUUGUCCAAUUAUUCCUUUGCAUGGUCGUUCUGUUGAAACUAAUCUUGAAAAAACAAAAUGGACGGACGUAGAGUUUAAAUUAUUUACAAGCUCUAAUAUUGAUUCUGCGACGGAUUUUAAUUAUAAUUUUCAAUUUGAAGAUUUACAACAUUCAGAAUUCGUUGAGACGGCUAAAGUCAAAUUCAUCAUACAUGGAUUUUUUACUGCAUACAGUGAAAAUAACUGGUUAGGGUCAAUGAAAAAUAAGCUUAUAAAGGAUAAGCCGUUUAAUUACAAUGUUUUCGUUGUAAAUUGGCCAAAGUUUGCUAUUACUUUGAACUAUUUAGCAGCUAAGCACGACACUGAAACCGUUGGAAAUGCUCUGGCCGAGUUUAUAUUCAAAUUAUGCAAUUUUUCAAGUUUGAAAUCGUCCGAUAUCCAUCUGAUUGGCCAUUCAUUAGGAGCCCAUAUAGCUGGGUUUGCAGGUAAUGCGCUCAAAAAAAAAGGACUUAUAAUUGGCCGAAUCACUGGGCUCGAUCCAGCUGGACCUCUAUUUAAGUACGAUGAUGGCACACGCCGUUUGGACCGAUUUGAUGCAGCAUAUGUGGAAAAUUUGCAUACAGGUAUCGGAGAUUUUAUUGGAAACGGUUAUGGGUUUGCAAAACCUUUAGGGGAUAUCGACUUUUUCAUUAAUGGAGGAUUUGCGCAACCUGAUUGUAGUCUCUGGAACUUGCCAAGAAAUAUUUUGAAAUAUGGAUGGGUUGAAGGUUUCGCAAAUACAUAUGCAUGUAAUCACAUGUUUGCAUAUGUUCUUAUGCUUGAGGAUACGGAACAGUUUAGUGAAAACUGUCAACUUGUUGGCUUUCAAUGCAAUAAUUACAGAGAUUAUCGAGGCGGAAAAUGCAAUGAUUGCGGAUCUAAUGGUAAAGCAUGUGCUGUAAUUUCGUUAUUCGGCGAGGAUGACCGUAACUCAGGCCAAGGAUACGUGGAACCUCAAUCAAGUUAUGCAUCAAUAAAAGUUUAUUUGGAUACCCUUAAAAAGCCUCCGUAUUGUGCUCAAAACUAUGCAAUUGAAAUUAAAUUAGCCAAAAAUUCAGAAGUCCCGAAUGGAAAAUUUGAAUUGACUCUCGAAGGUACAUACUUUGGAUCAGCGAGAAAGUUUGUAAUCAAUAAAGACUUUUCAAUAGAACAGGAUGAUAGAAAGUUUUCCUGCUUGGUGCAACUCGAUAAAAAUUUGGGGAAAGUAACAAAAGCAACUAUAAGAUUGUAUUAUGGCAUUUAUGACUUGGCUGUUUUUUUCUCAAAACCAAAAAUCAUCAUAGAUCAUCUGAAUGUUAAAUACCUAAGUAAUAUUGACAAGAGGAUUCGCAAUGCAUGGUCUGCAAGCAUGUGCGCAGAGGAAUCGAAAACGAAUGAAUUGAUAAACUUCGUUCCUUGUACUUAUGAACGAUGAACAGCAUCGUGGUUCAACUGUCAAAUCAAAAAUUUCGCCAGCAAAAUCCGAAAAAGAUAUCGAACAAUGGUCAAGACAAAAAAAUGUUAGAAGUAAAUUAUCCUUAAAACAAAAAUAAAAACGUUAUGAGCAUAAAUUAACCCGAAAUUUUCGUCAAUUUAUUUAACUGUAAAGGCAAUGCUAGAAACAUUUGCUAUUUCUAGUUGAUCACUUGGAAAUCGAUAUUCAGAGCGUAAGUUUACAGAGUUUUCAGAUGAAUGACAUUGAUUGAUGAGAUCUAAACGCGAAUGUUGAAUUAGAAUUGAAUUUUUUAAUAAAUGGAAAGGCAUUUUACAAUCAUUCUCGUUUGUUUAGAACCAACAUUCAAAAGAGUAAAACCGGCUGACUGUAAAGACACAGAGCUUUCAAAACAGCAAAACCAGCUUUCAAAUGACCAAAACCUAUUUUCAUAAGACAAAAACUCUCGAGUUAAAGAGUUACUCGAUUCAGAGUAUGCAAAUAGGAUUAUCACUUAUUUUUCCAAUGAACUUCCAUUGAAGAUGGUGAAUCACAAUUAAUAAGUCAAAAUUUAUCAAAAUGUUAACUUAUGUUCCAAGAUGCCUCAGAAAAGAAGCAAUUAACAAUUAACGAAACAGUCAACACCCUGAAUAAAGAUGCUUCUUUAACUCGAGAGUUUUUGUCUUAUGAAAAUGAGUUUUGGUCAUUUGAACGCGGUUUUGUUGUUAUGAAAAUUCUGUGUCUUUACAGUCAGCCGGUUUUACUCUUUUGAAUUCUGGUUUUGUUCAUAUGAAAGUUGGUUCUAAACAAACGAGAAUGAUUGU